GCCUGGCCGAAGCCUGGCCUGUGCGGCAUUAGCGACCGGCAUGCUUUUGCAAUGCCUCCGGGUUUAUCCCGCAAUCUUUAAGCCAUUGAGGCACCUUAGAGAAAAUCUUUCAUGUCGAAACAAGUAUGUGGACAGAUCAGACCGGACCUGUUUUGUCGUCUUGUAGCUCGCAGGAGGUACUGUAAAUGACAUGGCAUUUCAUCUCUACAGGCAGUCGGUGUGUUUUAGAAGCAGCAGGUGGUUGAGGACUACAUCAUUUUUAAAAGAAGAUUCCGAUUUGAAGAGGGAAUACGUAGAUUUUUUUGUUUGUUUCUUGGCAGAAAAGAACUGGACAAAGAGAAGCUAUCAAUUAACAACACAAUGAACCCUGAAGUAACCUUUGAACCAGACUUUCAGCCCUGAGCAGGAUAUAUUACUGUUCCCUUCAGUUUCUUUUUAAGCCAGAGACACUUUUCACUGUGCGAGGCACAGAUCCCUGACCACUGCAGCCAUGGGUGAAUGGGGGUUCCUCGGGACCGUCUUCGAAGGCCUCCAGGACCACGCUCCGAUGCUUGGACGCUUCUGGCUCUUCCUCAUGCUCGUGUUUCGGAUCGUGAUCCUGGGGACUGUGGCCAGCGACCUGUUUGAGGAUGAACAAUUGGAGUUUUCCUGCAACACCCUCCAGCCGGGCUGUAAACAGGUGUGCUACGACAAGGCGUUCCCCAUCUCACAGUACAGAUUUUGGGUGUUUCACAUAGUUCUGAUUGCAACGCCGUCCUUAGUUUUCGUCAUGUACGCCACACAUCAUAACAGCAAAAAAGCCAAGCAGCCCAAGUCAAAGCGCAGCAUCCUUCAGAACUACAUAGAAGAUCGCCGUUUGAGGAGACUGUACAUCGUAAACGUCAUCUUUCGAAUCGCAGCAGAGGUGGGCUUCUUGGUGGGACAGUGCAAGCUGUACAGCUUCGAGGUGCCAGCCCAGUACCCCUGCAAUCGCUUUCCCUGCCCCUACACCGUUGACUGCUUCACCUCCCGCCCUAUGGAGAAAACGAUCUUCCUCUACUUCUACUUUGGCGUGGGGGUCCUAUCUGCCUUUUCUAGCAUUGUGGAGCUGUUCUAUAGCUCCGUAAAGUGGUUCUGCUGCAACCUGGAAAACUUUGAUCUGGAUGACAGCACUUGCGAGAAUCUCCAGAACUUAAGGCAAGAUUUGUCUGGCAAGAAGACGACAUCAGACAGUGCAUCCAGCAACGUGCAGUUAAAGAAAGGAUCGGUGAGGAGCAGCAAGACGAUCUCCACCAAGGGCAAGAGAGGCAAAUAUGUGAGCACCAAGACAUGCGUGGUGUGACAGGCCGCCACCAUUUCCUGCUCGAAAAAUGUUGUUUUUUGGGGGGAGCGGGGGUUUCUAACGGUGUACGUCAUUUUAUCUUAAAAUGCCAUGUAUGUAUGUGUGACAGAGUUUCCCUGAUGGGAGACAUAAUAAGGAAGCUCUUGAAGCGAGGUCAGGAAAUGAGUGUAAAGACAAGGCCUGGUUGACCUGCCAGGAUCGUGAAUCACGCCAGACUCUAAACACUUGAGAGAGAAAAAAAUCUGACAGCAAACUCUUGUUGGACCUGUUUAACGCUUUUUUGUUUGCUGCAGAGCUCACUCUGACACUCCCAUCUUAGUGAAAAAAUCCACCCUCAAGUGUGCUUUUAUGAAGCGUUUCUAUCUAUCACGGAAAGUGUCUGAAAUGAAACGAUUUCCAAGCCAAAAUAGAAAGAAAACGUUGACAUCAGAAAAAAUAUGCUUAUGUUAUUUUGUUUUUUAAUGAGUUAGCUGCUCAGCUUAGGCUUUGCUAAAUUUGAGCCAAUUCAAAAGCAAUGCUGCAUUUGAAUUUAUGUGAAAGUUUUUGGUAACACUUUAUUUGAAGGGGGUGAAUAAGACUGACAUGAUACUGUCAUAAACAUGAAUGACAGUUUCAUGUUUAUGACAGUAUCAUAAACAUGAUACUGUUUUAUCAUGUUUAUGAUAGUCAUAAAUAACAGUCAU